AUGGUUGCAGCGAAUUACAUGGGCAGACGUGCAAAGAGACAAGAAGGUGGUGUUGGUGAUGGUGGUGAUGGUGGUGAUGGUGGUGAUGGUGGUGAUGGUGGUGAUGGUGGUGAAGGUGGUGAAGCUAUUCAGGGAAAUAUGAGAGACAACUGA